CCAUCUCUCCCUCACCUCUCUCUCCCUGUUCCAGCCUCCGUGACCGUCCCGCAGCAAGAGAUGGUCCCGAGUAAGGGUUCCUGCGUCCCGUCCUGGAUUCCGUACGGUCGUGUGCACGAGGGGCACCGGCCAAGGGCAACAAAAUUACAAUAAGAAAAAGGACCAGUGAGGUGCCGAUCCCAGUGCUGCUGCUGCUACUACUACUACUACUACUACUACUACUACUACUACUACUACUGUCACCGUUGCUACUGCAGGUCAAAAACACUCAAGCAUCAUGCGUCUGGCAGAUGGGCAUCGCGGCGCCGGGCUGCCACCUCGAGACGUCAUGAAGGGUCGCUUACUCGUUGUUCCUUCCAAGCACGGAAAUACUUAGGAAUUAUGGUUGGCGAGCACGAGCCCCGAAGAGGCCUCCCAUGACUCUUAGAAGACUUAGCCAUUCACGGCUGACUUCACUUCUCACUGGUGUCCUCAAUCACCCUUCAGUAUGUCCCAAGAACGUAGCCACUGUAGGUUUCUUGCUUCGUUCCUACCUGCCACUCGGAACUCUCACAACACUUCUGAAGGAUGUGACCUCCGCACAAGAUCUCACCAUCAACCCCGAGUUUGCUGUGAAUCUUCUAAGACUGAACCUAAACGCUGAUGUCUCACACGUGGAAAUGAAGGGACGGGGCACGGAAGCAAACAACUUGCUUGAACGAGAAUGUGAGACUCUCAUGAAGGAGAUAGAAGUAAUGAAGGAACUCCGUCUGGAAAGUCUUUUGUUGGAGGGCUUGGCACUUAAACCUGGUCUACUUUCAUGUGUAUUGAGGAAAGCCCCACUUCUCCGGUCCUUGCAGUUAUCUGGCAGCCUAGCAGAAGAGGCCCUGGAUCACUUGAGUCAUAGCCCGUGUGAACUGCACACACUGCAUCUUCAUUCUUGCACCGUGACGGACGAACAGAUAGCCAGCGCUCUCCUGUGGCCAGUUCGGAAGCUCAGCAACAUGGCAGAUGUGAUUUGUUCUGACGAAGACUUUUCAAAGCCUGGUCGAGUGCAGGCGUCGUCUCUGAGGGAAGUGACGGUCAUAUCUCCCGCGCUGACGGUGGGUGGCGCUAUGGUGUUGCUGCGCGCCCUCCCUCACCUGUGCUGCCUUCACUACACCUGGCUGGUUCCGGUGUGCGAGUCUCUUCGUAUCUUGCAGCAACUGUGUCCUUCAGUGACUUCCUACGCCAUCUCCCACAUCGAUCUCUCCCUGGUUGGAGGAAAUGUGUUAGAAAGUGUGGCAUCACUGUGUCCCGGCCUGCGCAGUCUGCAGAUAGAAGGCUGCGAGCCUAGUGUUGUCAAUCUCGAUGCACUAGCGGGCUUCACUAAGCUUACCUCUCUCACCCUACGACUGGUGCCCGAGCCCUUUAUUGUCUCAGCUGUGAAGGCGGUGGGCCACAACCUCCUCAAGCUGCGAGUGGAAUACGAGGAAUGCGUCUGCAAACUGUUUUCGUUCGCAGCGCUGAAGGUCCUUCAAGAACACUGCCGGGAUUUACAAAGCCUCGAACUUAUCUCAGUGUGUCUGUCCGGAGAACCGCGGCCUCGCCAGCGGUCCAAGAUCAUAGCCCCUGCCUUCCCUGAGCUUACUCACCUAGUAGUGGAAGGAGCAGCAUCAUCACCCGACGUGCUGGCGAGCCUGAUCAGCCGUAACAGGGCCUUAGAGCAUAUGACUCUGGCAGUGAAUCGGGACGUGCUCACAGAUCAGGUGGUUAGCACUCUUCUCUCCCAAAAUGACCUGCAUUGCUUGGCCACGCUACACCUUGGAGCUGGUAACCUGUCACCUGCUGCCCUUACAACUCUCCUCACUCUUCCCUCACUCAGCGGCCUCUCCCUCGACCUGAAGCGGUUCCCCUUCAUCCCAGAGUCAACCUUCAUGGCCCUACAAGAUGACCUCAGAAGUAGCAAUUGCUUGUGCCGCCUUGACAGGUCAGCCGUGGAGUAGUGCUGCCAGUGGCUUGUGGUCGUGGGGAGUAAGAAACUAAUCCCUUAUGGGGCAGAGUAGUUAGUGGUAGAUGACAGUAGUAGUAUUAGACAAGGUAGUGUUGUGUACAUUAAAAUGUAAAUAAUAUCAAUAUACCAAAUUUCACAAUCACAAAUGUUGUCAUUCUCAUCUCCUGUAAAUUGUUGUUUCAUAUUGUAGAUAAUCUGCAUUGGUAUAACUCGUGCAUUCAUAUCUUUGUCAUGGUGUUUGCACAAGUAACCAUAUGCAAACUUGCCUGGCAUUUAGCAUUUGCAGUUGUUAGUAAGUGCUUAUGUUUUCAUUAUGAAUGUUGAGAAAUAUUAAUCCAUUAUGAAAUUAAGAAAUAAACUUGACUGAUAA